AUGGCGUCAUCAUCGGAUCUUUCAACGCUGUUCGCGAAAGCAGGAGUGCCGGCUUUCAAAUGCCCUGCUGGGACAAAAAUGCACUUCCUGGACCUGGGAACUCUACAAGCAGACGAGGGUUGGCUCCUCCGUGGCGGCAACACCAGUACUCUGAGCGACAAGAACCCAGAGAACAAAAGGCGCGACCUGAUCAUUCUCGCCGCUCUCAUUGAAUAUCCGGGUGUUGGUCUGAUUCUCUUCGAGACGGGUUGUGCAGAGGAUUUGGAAGUGGCGUGGGGCGCUCCCUUGACAGACGUCUUCCCUCGAACCAGCUACGGGGAGAGUCAGAAGCUCCCUGCGGCGAUCAAAGCAACUGGCAACGACAUCAAAGACGUUAAAGCGGUUGUCAUUGGUCACUUACAUUUAGACCAUGCUGGCGGGCUUGAGCAUUUCAUGGGUACUGACGUACCAAUUUAUGUGCAUGAAGAGGAGUUCAAGCAUGCUUGCUGGGCUGUUGCUACCGGUGCUGACCUUGGCGUCUAUCUACCAGGCUAUAUGAGCCUCGACAAAUUGAAAUGGCAAACUUUCACCGAAGACCACCUGGACCUGUACCAAGGCAUCACACUACACCAUAGCCCUGGACACACACCUGGCCUUGUGGUGAUGCAGCUAAAUCUGGAGAACAGCGGGACUUGGAUCUGGACGACAGAUCAGUUUCACAUUGCCGAGAACUACGAGCUGAGCCAUCCGCACGGCUGGCUUGCGCGUGACCAUAACGCCUGGAUCAAAUCACUGAAGAUGAUUCAAAGGCUGCAGAGGUUGUUUGAUGCGAAGUUGGUAUUUGGGCAUGACAAGGACGUGGCGGCCAAGUAUAUGGGAAAGAGUUAUGAUUGA